AAUCUGUUCAAGCGACUUGUACUGUACAGGCGGAGUUAUUCAAGGCCAUCCGUGUUCAACAGCUUCGACAACUGUUCCGUACUUGUAUUUGGACAGUACGCACAACCAGCGUUGUGUAAGGGGAUGAUAUAAUUCACAAAGUUGUAGUAGUAAGUGUGAGUUCGGCUUAACAUGGGGAUUCGGAGUCGUCUUCCCGAUGUUCGUAUACCGUGGGUCUCCAUAACGGACUUACUGCUGGCUGAUGUUGACAAGUACGAAGAAUUUAUAGCAGUGCUCGACUCCGAAAGUGACAUUAAAUAUACGUACGGUGAAGUCAGAAACCACACGAGAUCCAUCGGCAGCGCGCUAACCCGAAAUGGCUUUCAAAAAGGAGACGUAUUGUGUAUAUGUUGUCCGAACCUUCCCGAGUUUCCCUUAGUAUUACUGGGAACCCUUGCUGUGGGAGGGAUCAUUACAACCGCUAACCCGCAAUUCACAGCAGAGGAAAUCGAAAAGCAGAUAAAACUUGCGCAGGUGCAGUACAUGGUCACAGUUCCAGAGUGUGCGGAGAAGACUGUCAGAGUUGCAGCUGCAACUGGAAUAAAGGCUGUGUACGUAUUGGGCAGCGCCCAGGGAUGCAGCCCAUUCACCGAACUUCUAAAUGACGACGGUUCUGCCUUCCCUGAUGACGUCAACAUCUCGCCGCAAGAUGUCGCAUUCCUCCCAUUUUCCAGUGGCACGACUGGCCCUCCCAAGUGCGUGAUGCUCACGCACUACAACAUUGUAGCCAAUCUCUUGCAGAUGAGGUAG